GCUGCUGGGACAGACGAGGAUUUCUUCACCUACAGCAGGCGACUGUCCAUCCUACACCCAGAAAGAGGCGAGACUGCGGGACAUCUGUCCAGGAUCUGCCCGUGUUUAUUAAUUUAUACUCGUGUUGAAAAGAAAUAUAUACCAAGUUGAAGCGCAGUGGACUCUUCUCUGUGUGGUUGCUUACGCUCCAGUGAGCCACUGCAGCAGCAACAGAACAAGCACGCCGCUGCCGCCGCUACUACUGCUGCUGCUGAUGUGAAGGGAAAAAUACAAGUUCAGCCAGCAGUCCACUAAAGCUGUGUGAUCAUUGACAGAGCUCAAUACACACACGCUUGCGCGAUAACCGGCUGUGGGACCUCUGAGCCCUUUCAAGGACUGACGGCUAGCUGUGUUUGUGUCCUUUCAAGUCUUGGGCUUUUUGUAGCUGAGCCACUGUCAGACAUUUGGCCAAUAGGAACGGCUUGCACAAUUUCCACCAGCUUGUCCGCAGCCCCUUCUUAACCCAUACAGUCUUCUGCCCCAGCAUGAAUGAAGUCAGUGUUGUGAGAGAGGGAUGGCUCCACAAGAGAGGUGAAUACAUUAAAACUUGGCGACCUCGUUACUUCAUCUUAAAGAGUGAUGGGUCCUUCAUUGGCUACAAAGAGAAGCCUGAGGUGUCCAGUGACCACAGCCUCCCACCACUCAACAAUUUCUCUGUUGCAGAGUGCCAGCUAAUGAAGACCGAACGUCCCAGGCCCAACACAUUUGUCAUUCGUUGCCUUCAGUGGACUUCAGUUAUCGAGCGCACCUUUCAUGUGGAUAGCAUUGAGGAGAGGGAGGAAUGGAUGCGAUCUAUCCAGGCAGUGGCUAAUAGUCUGAAGAGUCAGCAUCAGGAUGAGGAGCCCAUGGAGAUCAAGUUUGGCUCUCCAAGCGACAGCAGUGGCACAGAGGAGAUGGAGAUUGCUGUUUCCAAAUCCCAAACAAAAGUGACCAUGAGUGACUUUGACUACCUGAAGCUGCUGGGUAAAGGGACAUUUGGUAAAGUUAUCCUGGUGAAGGAAAAGGCCACAGGGAUGUACUAUGCCAUGAAAAUCCUCCGCAAAGAAGUCAUCAUUGCUAAAGAUGAGGUGGCACACACGGUCACAGAAAGCAGAGUUCUCCAGAAUACACGGCACCCGUUUCUAACAACACUAAAAUAUGCAUUUCAAACACACGACCGGUUAUGCUUUGUGAUGGAGUACGCAAACGGAGGAGAGCUCUUCUUUCACUUAUCACGAGACAGAGUAUUCACGGAAGACAGAGCGCGGUUUUACGGUGCAGAAAUAGUGUCGGCGCUGGAGUACUUACACUCACGCAAUGUAGUUUACAGGGAUUUGAAACUGGAAAACCUCAUGUUAGACAAGGACGGCCACAUAAAAAUAACAGACUUUGGAUUAUGUAAAGAGGGGAUCACAGAUGGCGCCACCAUGAAAACCUUCUGUGGAACUCCAGAGUACCUGGCACCAGAGGUGCUGGAGGAUAAUGACUAUGGACGAGCAGUGGACUGGUGGGGACUGGGUGUGGUCAUGUAUGAAAUGAUGUGUGGUCGGUUACCCUUCUACAACCAGGACCAUGAGCGUCUCUUUGAGCUCAUUCUCAUGGAGGAAAUCCGCUUCCCCAAGAACCUGGCUCCUGAGGCGAAGGCCCUGCUGGCCGGCCUGCUCAAGAAGGAUCCUAAGCAAAGGCUCGGAGGCGGACCAGACGAUGCCAAAGAAGUGAUGAGUCACAAGUUUUUCACCUCCAUCAACUGGCAGGAUGUCACUGAAAAAAAACUCAUUCCACCCUUUAAGCCCCAGGUUACAUCAGAGACAGACACGCGUUACUUUGACGAUGAGUUCACAGCACAGACCAUUACAAUAACUCCUCCAGAUAAGUAUGACAGUUUAGAUGCAGAGGACUCAGAUCAGCGUACACACUUCCCUCAGUUCUCCUACUCUGCCAGCAUACGGGAAUGAUUACUCAGACUUUUAAACAAGCAGGCAGGCUAACACACAAUCACAAAUUCCACUUAACUCACUCGCACUGCUGGGGAGCCAGAACGACACAAUCUAAAACUGGCAGAAGACACAUUUUCAUUUGGUCUUAAACACACACACACACACACACACACAC